AAAGAUUUCGCGAGUAUCUUCCGAGCCCCCGAAGAAGCAUCUAGACACUUCCAGCACCACCCUCCCACACCGCUCACCUAUAAACUCUCAGUCUUCAACCCAAGGAGUCCCGCUGCUCCUAAACCCAUUAUCCAAUUCAAGACUCCUCAAUACUUUGGACUUUCGAUUCAUCAAAUCCUGCCGGAGUUCCAGUUUGAUCAAGAACUGAGCCGAAAAUGAGCCGACAUCCGCUUGUAAAAUGGGCUCAGCGGUCUGACAAAUUAUUCAUUACUGUGGAGCUACCUGAUGCAAAGAAUGUGAAGCUUAAUCUUGAUCCAGAAGGGAAAUUUUUCUUUUCUGCUACCAGUGGAGCAGAUAAUACACCAUAUGAGAUAGAUAUUGAUCUUUACGACAAGGUUGAUGUGAAUGAGAGCAAAGCUAGUUUUACCUCUAGAAGUAUAUGCUAUCUAGUGAAGAAGGCAGAUAAUAAAUGGUGGAGCAGGCUUCUCAAGCAGGAGGGAAAACCACCAGUGUUUUUGAAAGUUGAUUGGGACAAAUGGGUAGAUGAAGAUGAACAAGACGAGAAAUCUGGUGGCAACAUGGAUUUUGGCGACUUUGAUUUCUCGAAAUUGAACAUGGGCGGACCUGGAGAUUUUGAUGCUGAGGCCGAUGAAGACGAUAGCAGUGACACCGACGAAGAGACCAAGGAAGAAACAGCCUCUGCUAAUGGUGUAUCUGAAGAAGCACCUGCUAGUAGUGAACCUGCAGCAAAAGCAUGACCGGACAAUUGCUUUUGUCAUAAUGUUACGGGACUUUUUGUUGCAUGCAUCUAACAGUGGCUACCUGGGGAGGGGACGUAGUUUAAGUUUUUAUUUCUUUUUUUUAUUUCUAAUUUAAGUCUCUUUCUGUCUACUUUGCUGUGUGAUAUAUCUUGUUAUCAGGAUUGUACAAGUGGAAUUCAUAUGGAUGUUCUUGUGGUUUGUGAUGUUCACUGCCGAUGCCUUCACCAUAAAUUCAUGAGAGACGAUGAAUGCAGAGUGCAACUAUACAACUCUAGCUCCUCUUCUCCGUCUCUUCUUUCUGUGAA